AAGCGGAACAUAGGAUAUGGCUUUCACACUCCCGCACAUUGCCGACGGAGGCCAAUCCUCAACAACCUGUUGAUGGUCACGGUAUGAAAGAGGCCUGUUCUCUGGAUAAAGCUUUUUUAUCCUUUAUUAGGCAGGACCACCUCCUUAAGUUUUGCUAAAUCAUUUCUAAAAUUCAAAAAACGCUUCUUUUCCAUUUCAGAUUUUCUUUCAACUAACCUUGUUAUAACGUGUGAGCAUAACAUUUCUAAAACUUGCUUGGAUUGCUAGAUCAUUUCUAAAACUUACUUGGAUUGCUAAAUCAUUUUUAAAACUUGCUUGGAUUGCUAAAUCAUUUCUAAAACUCAGAAAACGCUUGUGAGAAAGAAGUUUACGAGUCAUCUGGACAAAGCGCUUUUAUCCUUUAUCAAGCUGGAAGAUACAAUUAAUUCCUGUCAUCUAGACAAAACGCUUUUAUCCUUUAUCAGGCACACGCAUUUCAGCGUCAUUUACGCUUGCGCGAUGAAAUCGAUAUUACAGUUAAAAGCAGACCAUUCAAAAGGAUUAUAUCAUUUAGGAGCAAAACAAGCCGCGAACUACAUGCUACAUAAUCAUAAGCUCCAAACCUUACCGUGUUGGUCAAUGGAUUCCUUCUGACCACAAAUUUCUUGACAAAUGA